GCACCGCAUGCCUCCGGGUCCUCCCAACUCCCAGUGCGCUCUUCCUGGUUCCUCAACCUCCGCCACCAGAAGCCCUGUGACUCCGCCGCCGCGGCUGCUAGGGCACGAGCUCCCGGCGAUCGGGUGUCUCUCGCCCCAGGCCCCGUCGAAUAGAUCGCCGGCAGUUAGGUCGUCACAAUCCGUAGAGUAGGGGCAGGCCAAGGUGUAGGCAACGCCGUCCCCAGCAGGAGAAGCAGGCAGCAGUCCGCACGGCAGCAUCGCAGCUCUCGCGAGCGCGACGGUGCCGGCGCGUCUGUUGCCGCCGCCGCCUGUCCGGCUGGUUCGCGGUGCGCCGUGCGCCCGCAUCGGCUGACCGCCGGCCGCCGGAGGCACGGAGCCCUCCUCGCUCGCGAAGUUGCCUUUCGCCGGCUCGCCCGUCGUCGCCUCAUCGGCAGCUCCUAGAUCGGUUCCUCUUCUGCUCCGUGGUCGCAUGCGCGCUGGAAGGUAUCAGGCCUUCUUCCACUGUCAGAACUCACCUCGAAUCUGCGUCCGUUGUAAUUGACGCCUCUUCUGCCGCUGGAGGUGCAGAUCUAUCUGGACUUGGACUGCUCUUCUCAUCUCUGGGUAAUGGAAGCCCUAUCUGUUCUGGAUGGAUAAUUGACCUGACAUUGCCAUAGGCUAUAUUUGCACCUGAGAAGUGAACUAAUUCAAGGUGUUUGUACACUCUUUGGAUGGUUUAAGGGCCUGGAAGCCUUGUGUGGAUAACAUUUUGUGCUAAGGCUGUUGAGCUUGGGAACCGAUUCGGUAAUCAGCACAAUGGAGUGCAACAGAGAAGAGGCCUUGAAGGCCAGGGAAAUUGCUAUUAAGAAGUUGGAAAACAAAGAUUUUGUUGGUGCUAAAAGGAUUGCCCUUAAAGCACAGAGAAUUUUUCCAGAGCUUGAGAACAUACCCCAGUUGUUAACUGUCUGUGAAGUACAUUGUGCAGCAGAAGCAAAGAUAAACGGGAUGUUGGACUUCUAUGGAAUUCUCCAAGUGGAAGGGACAGCGGAUGAGAUGACCAUAAAGAAGCAAUAUCGUAAGCUUGUCCUCUCACUUCACCCUGAUAAAAACAGUUAUGUUGGUUCAGAAUCGGCUUUCAAGUUUGUUGCAGAAGCAUACUCAACAUUGUCUGAUCGAGCAAAACGAUAUGCAUAUGACAUCAAAUGGAGGGUUGCUUCUAAAGCUGCACCAAAGCAGGCUACACAACCGACACAGGCUGCAGAACCCACAUGGGCUACAAAACCGAAACAGGCUGCCAAACCAAAGCAGGCUGCCAAACCAAAACCGGCUACUCAACCUAAUCUGGCUGAGGAAACAAAUCAGGCUACAGAACCAAAGCAGACCAAUCAACCAAAGCAGUCUACAGAAGCAAUGAAGACUACAGAGUCGAUUAACAAAAAUGAUGCAGAUAGAAGUAGCACGGCAGGAUAUGGAACAUCAGGUUCACCACCCACUGCUGAGUGGACAUUCUGGACAGUGUGCAUCCACUGUAAAACAAAAUAUAAGUACUAUGGGAACAUUCUGAAUCAUCAGAUCCGCUGUCAGAACUGCAGGCAGAAUUUUUUUGCAAACAACAUAAAUAAAGAAGAUGUGCCUCCUCUAUUCUCAUCAAAAGCAGCCAAUGAUGCUGGGCAACAGGGCUGUGUUCCCACUCAACAAGGCUGUUCUACUCAUUUCUCUUCUAGAGAGAACCAACAGGCAAGGCCUGUGAUGAAUGGAGCACAAUAUGGUGAACAAAUGAAGAGCAGUUCAAAACCAAGUGGUGAGGGUAUGUUUAAUCAUACAGAGACAAGUGAACAAGGGGGAGUUGAAUUUUCUGCAAGGAAUCCAUCUAAAGCAUCUGCACCAAAUGGAAAUGGUAUGGCAUCUGACACUACUGUACCAGAUUUUGGUGAUGGGAAAAACCUAGGUAGUGGGGUGGAUACAUCAGCAGAGCCAGGUGCUGCAGGGAUCCCUAGUCCACGGAGAUCUUCUAGGAGAAAGGCAUUUGUUGAUGCCAACAACAUUCUGAAUUCUCCAAAGAAAAAGAGUCGGACAAUAAAAGAUUGGUUCUCAAAUGCUGCCCCCAGUUCUAAUAAAGUGUUUGAUGAUAAUGUUGCCCAUGCUGAUGGACCGGCUAGUGAACCUCAUGUCUCCAGCAAAACAAAUAACCAAGAGAAAGGUUGUACCAUCAAUGAAAGCAAUCAAAUGAAUUACAAAGAAGCUCAUGAUACAGCUGCUGAGAAGCCUUGCAAUGCUGGGGGCUUCACGUACCCUGACCCAGAAUUUUAUAACUUUGAUAUGCGCAGGAAUGUCAAUCUGUUUGCAGUUGAUCAGAUAUGGGCACUUUAUGAUGACCAUGAUGCCAUGCCGAGAUAUUAUGCUAGAAUAAAACGUCUUGAUACUACCAACUUCAGAGUUCAGUUCACUUGGCUGGAGCAUGAUGCAGUGAAUGAUGAGGAGUACGAAUGGACUGAUAAUAAUCUGCCUGUUGCUUGUGGGAACUAUACCCUAGGAAAGAUAGAGGUGUCAGAAGAUCCCCUCAUGUUUUCUCACAUUGUUUCAUCAUGGACGAAAGGCAAAAAAAGGGGUUCUUAUGUAAUACAUCCAAGUAAAGGUGAGGUAUGGGCUCUUUAUAAAGGCUGGAGUAUGCAGUGGACCUCAGAUGCAGAUAAUCAUAGAUCCUAUGAGUAUGAAGUUGUGGCGGUCCUUUCAAACUUCACAAUGGAAGCUGGUGUCACUGUUAUCCCCUUGGUCAAGGUUGAAGGUUUUGUGAGUCUUUUUGCAAAAGCAAAGGACAAAUCAUCAUAUGUUAUACCAUCAAGCGAACUACUUCGAUUUUCUCACAGCAUCCCAUAUUUCAGAACAAGGGGAAAUGAAAAGGUUGGCAUCCCAUCUGGAUUUCUCGAACUAGAUGCUGUAUCACUUCCUAGUAACCUGGAUGUAGUAUUUCCACCAGUUACUCUUGAUUCUUGUGUGUCUAUCAACAGUACAAUGGACAGUGGGUUUGUUGACUUGACUGGUGAUACUACACCUGGCCCUGGAAAGGAACAAAGUGCUCAAAAGGGCAAUAAGAGAAAAGGAGAAAGGCAGAAAAAUCGUUCCCUUGGAACUCCUGUUCAGCAGCCUAAUGCUGGUCAUGUUAAUGUGUCUGGUGGUUCCACUCAGCAAGGCUGUCCCUCUCCCACGAUUUACACAUAUCCAGAAACAGAAUUCUACAACUUUGAAGAAGGCCGUUCAUAUAAUAAGUUUGAACGAGGCCAGAUAUGGGCUCUUUACAGUGAUUUUGAUAAACUUCCCAAGUACUAUGGUUGGGUUACCAAAGUUGAUCUUGAUCCAUUCAGUGUGCAUCUGACUUGGCUGGAAGCUAGCCCUCGAUCAGAACAGGAGAAUAUGUGGUUGGAGCAUGAAGUACCUGUGAGCUGUGGAACAUUUAAAAUCCACAACUGGAGGAUCAAGUACAACACGACUGAUCCAUUCUCUCAUGUAGUAGUAGAUACUCAAGUUGGUUCAAAACGGCACUUUGAAAUUCACCCACAAGUAGGGGAGAUUUGGGCGAUCUACUACAAUUGGUUACCCGGCUGGGUUCCUUCCAGCAAGGAUGCUUGUGAGUAUGCCAUUGGUGAGAUUACUGAGCGCACUGAAGCUAUCACAAAAGUUCUAUUUCUCACUCAGGUCGAUGGCUACAGAACAAUAUUCAAGCCAGACAAUGAGAGGAGUAUCCUUGAUGUGCCUACAAAAGAUGACAUGCGGUUUUCUCAUAAGAUACCUUCUUUCCGUCUGACGAAGGAAAAGGGUGGCAAGCUCUGUGGCUUCUAUGAGCUGGAUCCAGCUUCUCUUCCUGAUCCUUUCCUCUCUUUGGGCACCCUCUGAUGUGCAGAAGCUCAGUUCGGCUGUCCUGAAGAAACUAAGAUUAGUUAGUUCCAGUUAACUGAAGUGAGCGAGUUCUAUUGUAUGUUUGUGGACGUUCAUGCGCUAGGCAACUGUGUUUUUUAGCGAGACCUUGCUAUAUGUUCCAGUUCAUAGGCCUUGGCUUCACCUUAUGCUGGGCUGAGCGUGAAAGUCUCGCCUAAUGCUGAUGCCUGUGAAACUGUAACCUAUCUGUUGGUAGUGUCUUGCCUGCAGGCGAGGGCAGUGGCCACUCUAUUAUGAGCUGCGAAACAGCACCCCGUAAUUUAUGCUGUCUCUCAAAUCCUCUACAAACUUAGGACUAUCAAUUUUAUUUACCAUUGUUGC